AUGAAAAUACUAAAAAUUUCUUUGACUCUUUUCCUGGCACUUACGGCGGCUGCCCUGGCGGCGCCAUCACCUUACACUCAGGAACAUAAAUACGCUCGAGUCACAGUGCAGCAACAAAAGAUCACCUCCGAGAAGCAAAUUUUGGUGAAGGAUGGCUCUACUGGAGAUAUACUUGGUUCCGCCUGCUCAAAUGCCCUGACUCCGACUUCGGAUCCCCAGUACUCCUAUGGUAUCACUUGUUACAGAAUGUACAAUGAUUAUGAGUCGUUUGUGCGAGCAGCGCAGACCAUCCAUGUUGUGGAUACUUUUCCAGUGCCUGGUUCUGAAGCAAACUCCACAAGUGCUGUGUCUACGAGCAAUUUGGAGCAGCGACAAACCGGCACGUGCAGUCAGUGGUCACCUGCUACAAGGAAAGUUGGAGACGGCGAUCCCCAUCAAAACUAUUGGCGGAAACAGUUGAGCGAGAACCUGGAUUGCGUGGGCGCAGACCAUUGCAAUGUUGGCGCAUCCCAGUCAAACUCGUAUGCAAUCGGAUGGACGGCGACUGCAGAUGCAUCACAAUGGAUCUCAGGCGGGUUUGCAGUGCAGGCGAGCUGGACAACUGGGCUUGACUAUCAAUGCACUGCUAGCUCCCAUCAGACAGUCUGUAUCUGGUACAACACCUCUCACGCUGCGUACACUGUUCAAAACGGACUUUACAACGUUUGCACGAGAUUCAACCCUAACAAUGGUGCCGCCUUCGUCAUAUUCUCGCCAAACCAGAAUAACAAAUGCCAGGGGCAGAAUUACUGGGACAAAAGUGGUCCUGCAGGUGGGCCUUGA